GGGAGAUAUCUUUUGAUGGAUUAAAUGAACCACUUCCAUCUCCAUCUCGCACAUGAUCGCAGCCAUAUAAAUCCCAACAGCUGAUCAACAGACUUCAGAAAGCCCAAGACCUUCACAGAGUUCAGCACGGAGAGAGAGCGAAAGAGGGAAAAGCCAGAGCAAGCUGAGAGGCAGCGUUUUCAUCUGAGUGACUUUUCCGCCAUCCUUUAUACAAUGAGUGGUACAUAUUUACGUGGGAACUGUCAAAUACUCCAUUAAUAAAGGGACGCUCUGUGAAGUUUAAAACGAGCCAAAUCCUGGGAGCAAUUACCAGCCUCUUUUCGAGGGUCGAUCUGUGAGGAGACUGAGUACAGCUGCACGAGGAAGAGAGAGCGAGGAGAAGAGCGAAGGAACGGAUCUCUCACUGUCUCGCAGCGGGGGUGCUGUCCAGUGCUGAAGCCUGCCUGCCUGCCUAUACAUGCACGCAGCACUGAAAGGGAGCUAUCCAGUGCUGAAGUUACAUUUCUUACCAGCGGAACACGGCGCUGUCGCACGUAAACCAGCAGCUCAACAAGGACUAGCAGCGUGAGAAUUCGGAAGGGGUCCCAGGCUUUUCGCCCUGUGCUGGCAUCUGAUCACACACAAAUCAGCGUGCUGAAGAGCGAUUCCGCCCGUCUAUACAGCUAGCCCCUUUUCAGCCCGCCUUGCAUGAGUAGUGACCCAUUGAACCACCGGACGAGUGUUGUUUUGUGCAGAGUAGAACCAUGCCAAGAUCUUUUCUGGUCAAAAAGGUUAAGCUCGAUGAUUUCUCAUCUGCUGAUCUGGAGAGACAUUAUGGCAGGUCGAGGACCGACCUCAGCCUCCGCUUUCAUGAAAAAGGGUACAUCAGUGACUACAUGACCCCGUCUGUCUAUGACGGUGAAAGUGACAAUGGCAUCCACAGCGAAAAAGGCCCCUCUCCCAGCCCCAUCUACGAUGGCAUCCACAGCGACUACGGAGCACCGGACUCGGACCAGCCCGACAGCCCCCAUUCCGAGAUCUCCUCCGGCUACAUCAAUGGAGACACCGCCGUGAGCGAGGGCUACACGGUAGACGCCUUCUUCAUCACGGAUGGAAGGUCGAGGAGAAAAGUCAUCAGCAGCCCCAGGACCAUACAGCGUCACACGUGCAACGAGUGUGGAAAGACGUACGCCACGUCCUCCAACCUGAGCCGGCACAAGCAGACCCACCGGAGUCUGGAGAGCAAGAUGGCCAAGAAGUGCCCCACCUGUGGGAAGGUGUACGUGUCCAUGCCCGCCAUGGCCAUGCAUCUGCUCACCCACGACCUCAAACACAAGUGUGACAUAUGUAGCAAGGCCUUCAGUAGACCUUGGCUGCUGCAGGGACACAUGCGGUCACACACCGGCGAGAAGCCAUUUGGAUGCGCACACUGCGGAAAGGCGUUCGCCGACCGCUCCAACCUCCGCGCUCACAUGCAGACGCACUCCGCCUUCAAGCACUACAAGUGUAAGAGAUGCAACAAGACCUUUGCUCUAAAGUCCUACCUUAACAAGCACUAUGAGUCCGCCUGCUUUAAGGGAGAGUUCUCACCUAUGAGCUCCAUUGACGAUUGACUUCUAUAGUACCCAUGAACACGUAAUGAAACUUCUUCCAAUGGUAUCCCUAUAUUAUUCCCUAGACAACCUGUUCCAUGGUGACAGCACAGGUCUUAUACCCUCCUGCAGAAAACAGCACCACUAAGGACAUGUUGGAUUACUCAUGUAGCCUAUACCCAAACGUUUGUUUCCAUUGGCUAUCCUCCCUUGAUUGUUAUAACAACAACAAUUUGUUCAAGUAUUAUGAGCUGAAAUAUCAUAUGUUUGCCAAACUCACAGGACAUUGAAAAUGUCUUAAUUUCUCUCAAAGGUCAAACCUUUUAAAGUAUUGGACAAUAUUGUACUGGUGUUAAUGGACACAAAAGUGUUCAAUGUUGAGGUAAACCUAUUUAUUUAUUCACUUAUUUAUGUAGGCCUAUCUAUUUAUUAAUUGAUUUAUUUAUUUUUACUUCAAGUUUGUUUAGAAUCUUCAUUUGCACUUGAAUUGACUUUUUGUUUUGCAAGCCUUCGUCGUGAAUAUGCCAAAGCAUUUGACACUUUCUAAAUAUCCUCUUCUUUUGUUUGCCACUUUAUAAACCUAUUGCAUGCAAAAAAAACCUAAAAACGAUAAUAAUGAAAUCUAUGCCAAUUUAAUGAAGCUUUGGAUUUUUGCCAAAAUCUAGAUAGCAUCCGGCGGCAAUAUUUCUUGGGAGUCUUAUCAUAAAAAACUAUAGAGCAAUAAUGCAUGGUAUUAGUAACGCGUAAUAAUAAUGACAUCAUCUUUCUAUCCAGUACUCUUAGUAGUCAUACACAUUGAAUAUCAGGGAAAAGCCAGUGAGUGUGGUAUUUAAUGGAUAAACCCAUGGGGUGGGAUAGGGAGCGGGUCCUUUUGUAAAUGGUAACGCAACUGCCUGCCACGUAUUUGUCGUAGUCUUAGAACGUAGGCUUCUGGUGCUAAUGGAAUAGUUCCAGAACAAUCCAGAACAUCUCACCACCAAAUCCGUGGAAUGAACGCCGAGGCCCAAACGUUGGUGGAGCUACCCCGUAUCACAUCUCUCACAGGUGGGCAAGUCUAGGGGUCCCUUCUGAGAUCCCUUGCACUGCACCAGGGCUCAAUAUGAUCAACACAAUAAGAUGACCUUACUCUAGCCAUGAUAAAGUCCAUUCAUCGUAUUAAAGCACUUCCUUAUACUACGAACGUUUCAACUUUUUAAAGAUAGUAGCACAAGUAUAGAUUCAGGUAGAAAGGCCUUGUAUUAGCUAUAGGCUAACCGCUGUUUUUGUACUAUGCUGAUCAAAGGAAAAUAACUGUUUAUUACAAGAUGCCUUGUACAUAACCCUUUGAUGAAUCUAAUAUUUCUACAAACUGUAAAGAAUCAAAUUAAUCUUAUUUCUGGAGUUAUUUUCCCUGGGAUUUUUAUGCCUAGUAUUUGAACUAUUUAAAAGCACAAUGGCAGCGGACAUUUUGUCUCACUUCAUAAUAAAGAAUGAAUAAAGACCUAACACAA